AUGCCGGACUGCAAUGCAGAAGGGGUAGCGAGCGCCUGGCAGCUACCCACCUUGGACGAAGAGCUCCAGUGGUCGAGCACCCUGGUGGAGAGAGCCACCAGGGCUAAAACUGGCAUGUAUAAACGCACCUUCGUUGCGGAGGUGGCAUAUAUUCUGAAGAGGGUCGAGGAGGACAAGGCCGCCCGUCUCGCGGAGAUGGAGAAGGCCGCAAAGGCCGGGAAGGGCAAAGGGAAAGCUGAGGACAUGAGUUCUUCCCAAGGCGGCAGCGAGGUGCAAACCACGGAAGGGGCUGCCGAGGAAGAGCUUGUCGGGGAUAAUUUUGCCGGGCUAGAGGCCCUAGCCGCGGCAGCAACGGAGUUUCAGGAGAAGGAGGAGGUCUACGCGGUGGCGGGCCUUAACAAAGAGUGGCUCGCGGCUGGGCCACAAGCCCCCGAACAUGACCCACAUCAGCGCACCCGCAGGCGCGCCGCAGCCCGAGGGGCGGCGACCUCCAACCCAACGCCAACCGCCAAGAGGGUGAAGACCACCACCAAGUCUACCAAGGGUGAGGUGGCAUGCCGCCAAUCUCCUCGUCUUGCUCAGACAAAGGCCUCCUCCGCCAAGCAGCCGACGGCUGUGGAGGCGGAGUCCAUCCCCUGCUCCGGCUUGAGCUCCUCGCAGAGCUCGUCUUCCCGGAGUUCCCGGCGCCACGCCCCUCAAGCCGAUGAACCAGAGCUGCUGGAGGUGGUGGCUGAUAUAGGAAGGGAUGCCGCAGACGAGGCCGUGGAGAUUGCUGCUACUGAGGGGCAGGAUCUUGGUGCCGGGGAUGCACAGGGCUCCUUGGCAGUGAUGGAGCAUUCUUCGGAGGACGUCCCGGUAGAGGAAGUGGUCGUCCAGGCGAAGAUUCUGCUCCAGACUAUGGACCCACUCCCCUCCACCAGGAUCAUUACUAAGACUCUGCCAUACUCCUCGAGCGCGCUGGCCAUGGUGCUACUGUCACCCGGAGCUGGAGCUUCCGGCCUGUCCCUGACGACGAACGCCGAGCUCGAUGAAGAGCUUCAAUGUCUCUUGGCCCCGCUUUAUCAGAGAGCUGGUGGGGCUGAUCACUCAGCCGCCGUCGCCAUGGACUUGUCCUUCAUGGAAUCCAUGGCGGCAGGCAUGAAGGAGAUGCAGGCCCGGCAUAACCAGAAGUGGCAGGCACUCGAGGAGCGACGUGAGUCCGCCAACAAAGUGGACCAGAAGCUGAAGGACAAGUGUCUAGAGUUGCGCAAGUGGAACAACAAGCAGUUCAAGGUGCUCAAGAGGAAGCAAGAGACCCUCCUGAUGACGAGGGAGGAUGUCAUGGCUCGGGAGGCACGUCUGGUGGACCACAAGGCAUCUCCGGACGCCAGGGAGCGAGAGAUCUCCCUCCGGGAGGAUAGACUCGAAGCCACUCUCCGCGCCAAGGAUGAGGAUCUGGAGGUUCUUGUGCGGCAGCGCACCAAGGAACUGGGCGACAAGCACGGAGCCACCCUGGACGCCCUCAUCGCUGACCAUGCUGCUCAGCUGAAGAAGCUUACUGAAGAUCAGGAUGUUGUGUCUUCCGCCAAGAUUGACCUUGACCGGCAGGUGGCUAAGCUGAAUGAGGAUCUAGCCAGAGGCGCCAAGGAGGUGGACGCACUCAAAGAGGGGGCACGGCAGGCGGAGAUCCACUUGGCUGAUGUGCAGUCGCAGCUCUCAUUCAAGACGCAGAGCCUUGAGACUGCAAACGGCAACAUCUCGGAUAUGAAGGCAAGGAUCGGCACGUUGGAGCGUUCGGCGGAGUCCCUUGAGUCCCGCCGGCAGUUGUUGUCCAAGGAUUUAGACACCGCCAAGCGUCUCCAGCAGGAUGUAGAGGACAGGCUGAAGAAUCUGGUCGAUCUGAGUAACCUCUAG